CAGUCCGCGUGCAGCCUGCGCGAGGCUCAGACGGACCCACGAGCCGUGGACGAUGACACGAGACGAGCUCGAGAGAUGAUGACUGACCACGCAGCACUUUGGAACAAAUGACUGCAGAUUACACACGACGCCGGCAGCUGGAGAUUCAUCUGAUUCGAUUAUAGUUAAGCAGGGAAAGAUGCUGGGGACGGGUUUAGCUCUAAUGGAUUCCUAAAGUCGCCCCAAGACAAUUAAUAGCAACGAUUUUACUGAGGGGAUCUCUUGGUGGGAGUCAGAGCGCGGGGGCCAGGAUGUGGCCCCCCGACCUCGGGCCUCCAGACGUCCAGCUGACUCUCCCUGGUUUUGGGAGCGUGUUCGAAGAUGCCGAGGACCUGCAGGCGCCGCUGUCUUCAGGUGGCUUCUGUCAGUCGUCGAUGCAUUCGGGUGGUCUGUGCUGUCUGCCCCGGACGUCCCUGUCCCUGUCCUCCCUGGGCCGGGACCUCAGCUCCUUGCUCAGCUGCAAGACGAAUGGAUCCCACGUAGAAAAGUCUGUGGAGGACUUUGCAAUCACAGCACACACAGACCCUAAAAACACCCAGAGGUUCGUUUGUUACCCUCAACCCUCCCUCCCUCUGUCCUACAUGCUCACCGGCUGUGCUUCGUCUCCCACGUUCUGCUCCCCCUCGUCCUCCGUCUCCUCCACCUCCUCCUCCUCAUCUUUGUUUUUUGCCUCUUCCUCGUCUCUUUCUGAUGCCAACCACAAAACGUCUCAGCAACAACGAAAAGCACAAGACGAGUAUCUCUCCAUCAAGCAGGAGCCCACAGACGAUUUCUUGCCGUGUAAGAGGGAACCGUAUCAAAUGAACAACCAGCAGGGGGAGCUGUUUCACGUUGGCCAGCCCCUCGACUGCCACGAUGGCGGUCAGGACGGCGCCCAGACGCCGCUGCACUCCCCGAAGCUCAACGCACCCGUGGGGGGGAACCCUCCGGUGGACCAUCAGGAGCAGCUGUGUCACUGGAUCGACUGCAGCGCCGCUCACAGCAGCCAGGAGGAGCUGGUGAGGCACAUCGAGAAGGUUCACAUCGACCAGCGUAAAGGGGAGGAGUUUGCGUGUUUCUGGGCCAGCUGUGUGCGGCGCCACAAACCCUUCAACGCUCGCUACAAGCUGCUCAUCCACAUGAGGGUUCAUUCUGGAGAAAAACCCAAUAAAUGCAUGUUUGAGGGCUGCGCUAAGGCCUUCUCCCGUCUGGAGAACCUGAAAAUUCACCUGAGGAGCCACACGGGAGAGAAACCGUACAUCUGCCAGCAUCCCGGCUGCCUCAAGGCCUUCAGCAACUCCAGCGAUCGGGCCAAGCACCAGCGGACACACCUGGACACGAAGCCGUACGCCUGUCAGAUCCCCGGCUGCACCAAACGCUACACCGACCCCAGCUCGCUGCGGAAACACGUCAAGGCUCACUCCGCCAAAGGGCCUCAGGAGAGGGAGGUCAAGGUUCACACCAUGCUGGAAUCGGACAUUUUGAGUGACUGUCUGGCGCGGCAGCAUCUCCACGGCUCCUCCCACCAGGGGAACGGCUCCGCCCUGCCGGGGUUGGACGACUUCACAGGUGUUUUCUCAAACAGCAGCAGCGGCCACACCCGGGGGAAUCCGGAGUUUCUCCCUCCGCCCUCAGACACCUGCUCCAGGUAUCAAGGCCUGGAGGGCAACUUCGACGCCAACAGCCCCAUAUCGUCGCUAACAAGCCCAGGAAGCAUGAGAGAGGGGAACCGGCCGACACCGUUGUUCAUGGCCGCUGACGUCAGCCCGGCGAGCUCCUCAUCGGACAGAGGGGACGUCCGGCUGCAGGGCUACCAGAAGCCCUACGGCCACCAGCAGCAAGUGAUGUCACAGCAGCAAGGUUGUCUGUACGAAGGGGGAAAGGUGGUUCAACCAGUAAACGAUGGAGGGUUUGAACACAACGGUUACUUCACCAACUCCUCCACCUUUCACUCCACAGGGUUCGACCUGUUGCAGGAGCUGCAGGGCCAGGCGGGCGGCGGUUACUCCAUGUCCCCCUGCCCGGACGACAGCUUCCUGUUCCAGGCCGGAGGCGUCGACCGCUGCCUCAAUCAGAUCUACUCCAUCUACCUGGACUCGUGAUGGCAGCCGGGAGCUUUCUAUGCUUCCCCGAGGUCGGGACGCGGCAGGAAGGAUGUGUGACGGACAAUCACAUCCACCACAAAGACUGACAGAAGCUUUAAUGGUACAAACACAAUCUGCCUGGUCAAAUGAUGGUGUAAAUAGCUGUGACUUUCUUUAUUCAGAGAUGACCAGAGUUUUUGUGAUCUGUAAAGAAUGAGCUUCGUUUAUCAGUUUGAUCUUGUGGAAGCCGGGCAGCUGGUUCUGAGCAGUGAGGUCGAUUCUGCCUCAUCAGCAGCUUCGACUCCGGGGAAAUGGUGAAAUCAUAUUUGAAAUGAGCAGAAAGGAUUCGUAUAAUUUAGUGGCUCCAAAACAUGAAGUCAGUAAAAACGAUUGUUAAAGGUUCACACAUAACCUAGUUGAACAUCCUGCUCAUAAAUCCUACUCAGAUUUUAGAGUUUUCUCAUUUUUUCUCUAUAAAGGUGAUUAGAGCAAGUUCAAAUAAAGAGAAUAACUUCUUUGGCUCAACGACUCACAACCAUAGAUUGAAAAUAAAUAUAAACAACUUCCUCCCACUGUCUAGAAAUGAAGCCAGAAGAUUUCUGAUACGAUAUUCUGCAAUAUAACAUUUUAAGGUUGUCCCGCCGACACCUGCUUGUUGUUUACCCUGUUUUUAAAGCCUCAAUAACUACUUAAAAACAAACUUAAAAACAAACAUUAACUCUUGAACAAACAUAAGUGGGAUAAGAAAUAACGGAGACACCAGAAACCAUCUUUGGCCUAUUUGGACUCUUUUUGUUUGGCCCAUGUCCCUUCCACUAACACAAAGGAGGAGGCCGGGUUUUUGACUUUAAGGGAAUAGAUUGAUAUUUGGGGGAAAUACAUUAAUUUUUUAUUUGCUAAAAUUCAAUAAUAUGUAUUUAUAUAGAUAUAUAUAUCAGUUUUUCCAAAGCACUUAACAGGAUGUUGUUCAGCUUUAGGAGCAGUUUGGGGUUUGUUAUAUGCCCAUUGGAAUGCAGACAGGGAUCUAACCACUGACCCUCUGGUAGGUGGACGACCCUUUUUACCUCCUGAACCAGUAGCAGGUCAGAUUAUAAGGAAAACAGCUUUUUUGCACCAAUCAAAAGUCAAUUAAAUGAUCCUACCAGAACCUAUAAAUCCUAAUAAUAUCUGGUAUUUCCCAAAACAUCCAUCUAUUCGAUUUCCCUGUGAAGCAGCUGCUCAGGAGGAAACAGGGGAUCGAACAGGAAACUGAAGCAGUGCUGCCCCCAAGUGUAUGAAUGUUCACACUGCAUAAACCUUACUCACACACAGGGUCAGUGUAGGAGGACCAAUCAGAUGUCCCUCUCAGCAGCUCCUCUGUAUCGAGUACUUUUAAACAUGUGUAACCUAUAACAACAAUCGUGCCAGAAAACAUAAUCAGUUUUUAUAUAUUUCCUGUUGUCGCUUCAGUGUCUUUACGUGUGUAGUUGUACAGUUUCUCUCAGUGUUAUAUUCAUGGAGGAGGAGGAGGGGGGAGGGGGGUUGUGUGCGUUGUUUACAGUUCUCUGCACUCUUUUGUUUUUUUUUGUCUCGUCAGACAACAACCAACCAGAAAAAUGUUUACACUGAUUUUGUAGCAAGUCAGAGAUUUUUGUAUUAUUGUCGUUGAACAGUGUGUAGACUGUAUAAAGGAAAGUCUGUCUUUUUAUAUCAAUAAAACUUGUUUGUACAUUU